CAGCAUUUCUUGUCGACGUGGGAAGGGAGGGAUUCGGACACAAACAAAUGUCUUCGGUGUUCUUGUCGGGGCUUUUUACAGCUGACCGUGACAUGUCAGGUGGAUUUGUUAGAGAGCUUCGUCACGUUUGAAACAUGUGGCUGAAACCUGAGGAGAUUCUGCUGAAAAACGCGUUUAAAUUGUGGGUCACCGAGAAGGAUAACGAGUAUUUCGUGCUGCAGAGGAGACGAGGUUACGGAGAAGGAGGUGGCGGGCUGACAGGCCUUCUCGUAGGAACUCUUGACACCGUGUUGGACUCCACAUCCAAAGUUGCUCCUUACCGCAUCCUUCACUACACACCAGAUUCACAAGUGUACUGGUCCAUAGCAUGUGGUGUUACCAGGGAGGAGAUCAUCCAGCACUGGGACUGGCUGCAGCAGAACAUCAUGAGGACACUCUCUGUCUUUGACUCCAGUGAAGACAUCACCAGCUUCGUGCAGGGCAAGAUUAGAGGCCUUAUCGCUGAAGAGGGGAAGUCUUCUCUGGUGCUGGAGGAUGAUCCAGAGAAAUUCAGAGAAGCACUUCUGAGGUUUGAGAAGUGGUUUGAGCUGCCCCCCCAGGAAAAGCUGGUCACAUAUUACUCGUGCAGCUACUGGAGAGGAAAAGUCCCCUGUCAGGGCUGGCUCUACCUCAGCACCAACUUCCUGUGCUUCUACUCGUACCUUCUGGGAUCUGAGGUGAAGCUGGUCAUCUCCUGGGAUGAGAUCUGGAGGCUGGAGAAGACCUCUAACGUUAUUCUGACUGAGAGUAUCCACGUUCUGGCUCACGGAGAGGAUCACUACUUUUCCAUGCUGCUGCACCUCAGCGAAACCUUUGUCAUCAUGGAGCAACUGGCUGACUACGCCAUCAAGCGUCUUUUUGACAAAGAGGCAUUCCAGAGAGUGCCGGCGCUCUCUGACCCACUGCAGAUUACCAAAAGAGGCCUUGAGGCUCACACAAAAAGUGAGCAAUUCCAGACAUUUUUCAGGCUUCCCAAAGAGGAAAACCUGCUAGAGGUGCACGAGAGCUACCUGUGGGUGCCCUUCAGCAACCACAACACCCUGGGCAAGAUCUGCCUGUCUGAGAACUAUCUGUGCUUUGCCAGUCAGGAUGGAAGCCAGUGUCACGUCGUUGUUCCAAUGCGAGAGGUUAUUAGUGUGGAGAAGACUGAUUCCAGCAGCAGGGCCAUAAUGGUGUGUGUGCGUGGCAAGAGAGCGCUGCGCUUUUCAGAGGUGAGAGACUUCCAGCGGCUCGCAAACACAGUCCGUAGCAGGUGUGGCAUCAGCGCCAGCCCGCAGCACUCUGGUUCAUCAGAGGGCAUACGUGGAGAAUGUCAGUCCCUCAUCAAUCACUUUGAGGACAACCCAGAGGACGUGACUCUCAUGGUGGGACAGAAAGACAGCAGCAAGGCUGUCAGCACUGAGGCCCUCAUGACUGUUUUCCAUCCUCAGGAUGUUGAAAACCUUGAUCCUAAAAUGCUGAAAGAGAAGAUGAAGGAGCAGUCAUGGAAUAUCCAUUUCUCUGAGUAUGGACGUGGGACCAGCAUGUUUUUCACCAGGAAGACGCGAGACUUGAUUGUUCGUGGUGUUCCCGAGUCUCUGAGGGGAGAGCUGUGGAUGCUGUUCUCAGGUGCUGUUAACGACAUGGCCACUCACCCCGGCUAUUACACCGAGCUGGUGGAACAGUCCCUGGGGACAAGCACUCUGGCUACCGAUGAGAUCGAGAGAGACCUGCACCGCUCUCUCCCCGAGCAUCCGGCGUUCCAAAGUGACACGGGAAUCUCAGCUCUGCGCCGAGUCCUCACUGCCUAUGCUUCCAGGAACCCAAAAAUUGGAUACUGCCAGGCCAUGAACAUCCUCACCUCCGUUCUCCUGCUCUAUGCUAAAGAAGAGGAGGCCUUCUGGUUGUUGGUAGCCGUCUGUGAGAGAAUGCUGCCUGACUACUUCAACCGCAGAAUCAUUGGUGCUCUGGUUGAUCAGGCCGUGUUUGAGGACCUGAUCAGGGAAAAUCUCCCCCAGCUGGUCGAGCACAUGACGGACCUGAGCUUCUUCUCGUCCGUGUCCUUGUCCUGGUUCCUCACGCUGUUCAUCAGCGUCCUGCCGAUAGAAAGCGCUGUCAAUGUGGUGGACUGUUUCUUCUACGAUGGGAUAAAGGCCAUCCUGCAGCUCGGCCUCGCUGUGCUGGACUACAACAUGGAGGCUCUCAUCGUCUGUAAUGACGACGCUGAGGCCGUCACCGUUCUGAACAAGUUUUUCGAUAACGUGACAAAUAAAGACAGCCCGUUGCCUCCAACAGUGCAGCAGGCGCCUGUGAGUAACAACGACAAAGCAUCUCACAUCAGUGUGGAUAUCUGCGAGCUGAUCCGAGAGGCCUAUGAGAAAUAUGGACACAUCCGUUCGGAGGAUGUGGAGAGCUCCAGGAAGAGAAACAAACUGUACGUGAUCCAGACUCUGGAGGACACCACCAAGCAGAACGUCAUCCGGGUGGUGUCUCAGGAAGUCCGACUUAACGUCUCACAUCUCGAUGAGCUGUAUAAUUUGUUCAAGAGACAACAUUUCCUCUGCUGCUACUGGACCAUGAACAGCCCGGCUCUGCUCCACCACGACCCCAGCCUGGCCUAUCUGGAGCAGUACCAGUUGGGUUUCCAGCAGUUCAGCGUGCUGUUUUCCCUGCUGGAGCCCUGGGCUUUCUGCACCUCCAAGAGCACCCUCUCCCUCUGGGUGUUCCGCUUAAUCGAUGAGAACCAGGAUGGUCUCAUCAACUUUAAAGAGUUCUGCUGUGCCCUCGAUACUUUUUACAGUGGCUCAUUCACAAACAAGCUGAAAUUUCUCUUCAAGCUCCACCUGCCUCCAGCUUUCACAGGAAGUCCUUUACACUUGAAGGAACAGAGUUUGCAGGAGUUUAUUCCUCUGACUGAAGACUCUUCUCCCUUCAGUAAACUCUCUGCUUUUGAUCUUCCAGAAGAUGGAGUGAUAAGGAAAAGUCCUGAAAGAGGCCGGGGGAAGGUGGACCUGCAGACGUAUCUGAAGCAGUGGCAAAAUGAAAUCCUUAGAAAAGAGGAAACCAUUAAGGACCUACCCAGAAUUAAUCAGUCUCAGUUCAUCCAGUUCUCCAAAACACUCUACAAUAUUUUUCACGGCGAUCCAGAGGAGGAGACGCUGUACCGAGCUGUUGCCCACGUGACCAGCCUCCUCCUGAAGAUGGAGGAGGUUGGACGGAGGCUUCAGGAGCCAAGCAGCCCACCUGAGGCUACAAAGCCUGCAAGAACCACCACCCCUGCUGCUGUGGAGGAGUCUUCAACCACAGAGGAGGCCUCCACAACCCCGGAGAGCUCAGACACCUGCAGCUCCCAUAGCAACCAGGAGGCGGUGUCCAACCUGACCCACACAGAGUGGUCCUUUUCCUUCGAGCAGGUCCUGGCCUCUCUGCUCAACGAGCCCACCAUUGUCAGCUUUUUUGAAAGACCUGUUGAUAUUCAGACAAAACUGGGGAAAGCGAGGGCUACCCAGCUCAAGCUAACGGCGAGUAAAUGAAGGACGCCGACGGGGCGGGCGCUUCGUCUCUGACUCAAAACUGCGCUUCAGCUUUAAUUUCCUUCACUUGGAAAAGUUUGAAGAGCGAGAUUACUUUGGUGUCAUAAGUGAAGAGGUGCAUCAGGAGGCUGUGGUGCAACAUGGUGUAAAUGUGCAAACGUGGAAUCUUGAGACUUUAAACACUAGUCCGUAACAACCCCCCCCCCCCCCCCCCCCCCCACACACACACACACAAACCAGGAACAUGGCUUAAAGGGAGUUUUCAGUGUUUUUUCUGUGCCAGUUAUAAAUAAUUACCUGGCUACGUAGCUUCCUGAACAGCCUUUGUUUGGAGAAAACAAGUUUAUAUCAUACAGGACCGAUGGGCUAACGGCUAGUCUAAGAGCAGCUUUACGGAGAUCCUUCAGGAAGCUAGCUAAUGGGUGAGAUGGGAAUUAUUUGUAACAUUUACUCAAAAACGACUAAAGUCCCCCAUUUAGACAAGCUAACAGAGUUCACAGCAUCUGAAUGUUGAGAUUCUCAUCCAGAUUAGUAAUGCCUACUUUAAUCAGAACUACUGUGUGUGUGUGAUAGUUUCUCCUUUGAUCUGAGUGUCAACUUAAUGUAAGAAACACCAGCUUAGGCCAUCGUAGGACAGACCCGUAGUGUAUCUUGGUAAAAUGUUGCGAUUUUUCCUGAAAGCCAUAAACCGAUUGCAGGGAUCGUCUGACCGAAGACACCAGACGUGUGAGAGGAACACAGCGAAGGACAUUUGCAAUAAGGUAUGGAGCGUAUCCUGUCCCGUUUGUCCUGCAGCAGCACACGGCUCCUCCCAAACUCACCUCAGACACGUGUGAGAUAUUCUGAUUUCAUGUGUGGUCCUCGCUGUUCUGCUGCUGGUUGUUGCUGCUCCGUAGGAUGUUACUGGCUUUAAUGAGCGUAGCGUUUAGCGUGCAAGGGUCAGUUUUCCUUUAGAGGCCUGUGUCGAGAUCUAGCGAGCUGUCAGACUGUCGUGGAAAAUCCUUAAUGGGACUCAUUGUUUCAUCAACUCUCAGGGUGACAUUUGUGUAAAAGGGAGCAAAAGGGAUAUUUUUCAACCCGAGACAAACCGUAUAUAACAAAUAUAUGUACCUGGCUCUAUCUGUGACAUGAUCGCUCAUAGAGCAUGUGUAGCCUACCUGUAGGAUUUUACGGACCUUGGUAAACUGCUUUUACUGCUUGCCACCAAUUUAUUUUCUAUUGUUUUUGCGUGUUGCUUCUGUCUCCGUGAGUUAUUUGCACAGUUAUUGGAGAUUAACGAGCUGUAGAUGUGCCUGUAUCUCUGCCAGAAAUCAGCGGCGAGGGAUUCAUAAAAGGUUGCGACCUCAUCAGCUGCAGCUUUUCUUCUCUUGGGGCCAAAUUAAAGAAUUAUUAAAGCUUUAUGUGUCACUGCUUGUCCUGAGGACUUAGUGUUUUAGGUGCCUCUUAACUGUAGCGUCGAUUCUGCUGUUUGUUUUUUACUGUUUCACUUUAUUUGUUUACUGAUAAAUCUCAUCUAGGACUGAAGGACCAACCUGAAAUAUAUUUCAUGAUGUAAUCAAAUUAAUAUCAGAAGUGGUAUUAAAAUGCACCUCUCACUAGAAGAUACUGCCACUUUGCUCAUCAGUCGUGUAUCUGAGGAAAUUUCAUUUAUUAGAUAUUAAAGGUUUAAUAAAGACUAAUUCAUAUCAUUACAAACCAACACUUCAAUCUGAGCAUGUUUACCUUUUUAUUAAGAUUGUUUGCUUGCAGUAUUAUUUUACUUAGCAUCUUUUAAAAACUCUGUAAAACCUCUGAAACAUGAAUGAGUUUGAGUUGCAUGCUUCAGUCGGUCGGUUUUCAAAUAUGAUCUUACCGUCUGGUUUUAAAAAUGUGUUUUACUUUCAGGGACUCUUGUUUUGGUCUUUGGGAAAUGUAGAGUAAUGACUGUUCAGACUAAUUCUGCAAAAAAUGCUUGAAUUGAACUAGUUUAAAAAAUUUGUUUCUCUUCAUGUGAACCUAAAAUUUAAAAAGGGACUGAGGAGGCGAAUGUCAUUGUGCAGCUCUGUUUUAAAUCAAACUUAUGCAGAAAUGUUGCCUGGUUUCCUUCUUGUCCAUCUAGAAUAAAGAGUUGUGAUUUAA